AGCUGUGACACAAAGCUGUAGCGUUUCCGGCCAGCUCAGCGUCAGUGCUGCGGUGUUGUCAGUUUUCAGCCUGUCAAACGGAGCUUCGAGGAGCCUGCAGUGUGUGCUGAGCAGCGGAGCUUUUCGCAGAGAUGGUGCUGCUGACGAUGAUCGCUCGGCUGGCUGACGGCCUGCCGCUGGCCGCCUCCAUGCAGGAGGACGAGCAGGGAAGUGAAAAGCUCGGCCGGGACCUUCAGCAGUAUCAGAGUCAAGCUAAGCAGCUCUUCAGGAAACUCAAUGAGCAGAGCCCCACACGCUGCACUUUAGAGGCCGGUUCGAUGGCGUUUCACUAUUGUAUAGAGAAGGGAGUGUGCUACCUGGUGCUUUGUGAAGCCAGCUUUCCCAAGAAGCUAGCCUUUGCUUACCUAGAGGACCUCCAGGCAGAGUUUCAUGAGCAGCACGGAAAGAAGGUCCCCACAGUAUCCCGGCCUUACUCCUUCAUUGAGUUUGACACCUACAUUCAAAAAACCAAGAAGUCGUACAUCGACAGCCGAGCGAGGAGGAAUCUGGGCAGCAUCAACACAGAACUGCAGGACGUACAGAGGAUCAUGGUGGCGAACAUCGAGGAGGUGCUGCAGAGAGGAGAGGCGCUUUCCGCACUCGACUCCAAGGCCAGCAACUUGUCCAGCCUGUCGAAAAAGUACAGAAGCGACGCCAAGUAUCUGAAUACCCGCUCCACCUAUGCCAAGCUGGCAGCUGGAGGUGUCUUUUUCAUCAUGCUCAUUGUCUACGUACGCUUCUGGUGGCUCUAAGAGAGGAAAGGGAAAAAGAAGAAGAAGGAGGAGGAGGUGCCGAAGUGGGAAAAUGGGCUGCUUAGAGUCUGCAGACACUAAGAAAAGCUGUCAACUUCGACUAAAAACACAGGAUUCCUGCUCUUAAUAAGACUUUACAAACAUGCCACCGCCCAUUUUGUCCUCGCCUGUCCAUGGAUGUGUGCUCUGAAUAUAAAUGAUGUCAUAGUACAUAGUUUUAUUAAUAACAAUUACACAACAAUGCUCUCGUAGUAGCCGGGGAUUUCAGAUGAUGUGCGAAUGUGGGAGUGUGUGUGUGUGCGUGCGUGCAAAAAAAAUGAAAAGUUUUGUGAGUUUUCAAAGCUGUGUUGUGCUGUAACAGGAGCGGCUGAUUGUCCACCUAAUUUCAUUUUUUCCUGCGCUUCCUUUAAUAAAAUAAUCAUGGCAGUGAUGCACAGCAUAUCCAUUAGUCUAAGAGAUUUCAAAGACAUGGCAUUAAUAUUUUUAGGAUUUUAAAUGACCCCGGCAACGUAAUAGGAAAAGAUAUCCAAGUCAGCUGUUUUUUUUGUUUGUUUUUUUUAAAUACUGUGUGGAAGCCUGCAGACGCUGUUUGACCUGAUUUAAUUAGCCAAGACGUGUGGGAUGAUGGUGAGCCAAUCAGUGACUGUACAAUAAUUAUUGAGUAAAAUACAAACCUUGCUCGGUGGAUCACUGAAGGUUAAUAUUUAAAAGCUUAUUAUUAAUGUUUGCAUGGUUAAAUAAGGAGUAGGUCCAAUGAUGAGGAAGUCUUCAUGUCAUGUAAAAGUGGCCUUUAUUAUAUUCAGCUUUAGCCCUUAGAACUGCCUUUUUUUUUAAGAGUGGCUUUAAAAUUGUAAUAUUUCCAAUAAAUGAAAGCUCCAUG